AUGGUCUGGAAGCAACAUGGCGAGACUGGUGCUCCACCUCCGGCGAAUAAUCCAUUGAGUCAAAUCGUAGAGGACGAAGAUUUUGACAGAAUGGUUAGUUCUUAUUUUCAUGAUGGCGGAGAUGAUGAUGGUGUUAGUGGAUCCCAUGGUGAUGAUGGUGAUGCUGAUGAUGUUGGGGUUAGUGGAUCUCAUGGUGAUGAUGUCGAGUGUCCCAUGGAUAGUGAUAGUAGUGAUGAUGAACUUGAUGAUGGUGAUUUUCUCGGCCAGUUGUUGCGCCACACUAAAGCGGAUGUAUUGGUUGCUAGUGCCCGAGGGUUAGCAAACUUCGAGACAGUGAAAAAAUCAGCUGAGGAACUUAUUUAUGACUACUCGAAGGGAUGCCCGAAAUAUUGGACCGUGCUUCAUUUCAUACUUGAGCUGUUGACUCUGAAGGCUAAGCAUAGUUGGUCAGAUGAUAGUUUCAAUGAUCUGCUGCGUAUCCUGACUUGGUUACUUCCAAAGCCAAAUAAAGUGUCAGCCAACACAUACAGAGCAAAGAAGCUUGUCAGCCCGUUCAUCAUGGGUGUGGAAAGAAUCCAUGCGUGUCCUAACCAUUGUAUAUUGUAUCGUGGGGACACUUUUAAAGACCUGAAGAAAUGCCAUGUAUGUUCCGCAAGUCGGUACAAAAACAAUGCUGGAUACUGUGGUGAUGACAAUCAAGAUCCAACCAAUAUGAAUAAGGGGAAGGGGAACGUGGCGAAGAAUAAUAGUGCUGCCUCCAUUGAGCCAGAUGACGCUACUUUAGGCAUUUCUGAGAAGCAGAGCCGAAUUCCCGCCAUGGUUAUAUGGUACCUCCUAGUUUCCGAUCGCCUUAGGUGUUUCUUCUCGAACCCAAAGGAUGUUGAGCUGAUGCGAUGGUGGGAUUCAGAUAAGCGCAAAAAGGGUGACAGAAAACUUCGACAUCCAGUUGAUGCUCGGCAGUGGAAGGAAUUCGAUGACAAGUACUAUCUGGAAUUUGGGAAUGACCCAAGAAAUGUUCGGUUUGCACUGAGUACGGAUGGAAUGAAUCUGUUUGGUGAAAGAAGUAGCACCCACAGCACAUGGCCAGUGAUACUGACGAUGUACAACCUGCCUAUAUGGCUGUGCCAGAAGAGAAAGUAUCUUUUGCUAUCCGUGCUUAUACAGGGUCCCAAGCAUCCUGGCAUCGAUAUAGACAUUUUUCUUGAGCCUCUGAUGCAAGAGAUGGAAAUUUUAUGGAAAGAGGGUAUCGAUAUAUAUGAUGGUUUUGCACGGCAGCCCUUUAAUCUUAGAGCUAUUAUAUUCAUCAUUGUUCAUGAUUAUCAGGCACUGUUUGUUCUGUCAGGACAGAUCAAAGGUAGGACGGGAUGCACAGUGUGCGUGGAUGACACCGUAUUGUCUUUUCUUGAGGGUUCUCGGAAGGUAGUUUACCUUGGAUACAAACAUUUCUUGGUUGAAGGGUAUAGGUACCGAAGUAAGAAGUUCUAUAAUCAUUUUGAUGGCAACCCUGAAUUCCGUUCUACUCCAGAAUGA